CGAACUAUUUUUCUCAUGCUCACUGGAUAUUAAAAAGGAUAUUUUCAUUUCAUUCGAACAAAGGAAGAUAAUUAAACUACAAGAUCCUGUGGAUUGGAGAUCAGUGACAAAGCAGCUCUUCUUUGUUUGACGCAGAUUAUUUUCUACAGUUUCACUGGUUCCUUACUGGUUGGGCUUCACUUGUUUGUUUUUAAGGGAUACUUUAAAAAUGGGUCCUGGAGUGAAAGAGAACGAAACAACAGCAACAGAAGGAAGAAAACAAUUUCAACUCAUCAUUUUUCUGUGCUUGUUGAAUAUCAGCAGUUUUGUUGUUCCAGUCAGAGGAUUUGCAAUGAAGAAUUGUAAAAUCAGUUACAAUAUUGCCAUAUGUGUCCAGAGUAAACUCAGAGCUGUUCCUCAAGAUAUUCCCUCAACAGUAAAAGGUUUUGAUUUGUCUGCAAACAAAAUUUCAAGAGUAAAAAUAUCAGAUUUCAAAAAUCUACCAGUUUUGACAAAAUUAGAACUAAAUCGCAACUUCAUUUCGCAGAUAGAUAACGGCGCCUUUGCCAAUCUGAUUUCCCUCAAGAAGUUAAAUCUAAAUAAUAAUAAACUUGUUGAACUCAGAGAGGAUCUUUUUAAUGGUUUGAGCAACCUCACCGAGCUCAGGAUUAAUGGUAAUCGCAUCAGAGCUGUGGCGUCCACGUCUUUCAAGUCCAUGAUAAGCUUAACGUUUCUGGACAUUUCUCAGAACAAACUGCACGACAUAAGAAAAGUUCAUUCAAUAAUACAGCAUCUGCCGCAGCUACGAGAGUUGUACAUUCAAAAGAACGGUUUUACCACUUUUCACUCGUGGGAACUGACAAACAGCUCGCUACAACUUAAAUACCUUGAUUUGUCUCGGAAUCCUAUGACAGUUUUUCAGAUCACUGCAGAUGUUUUACCAAAUCUGACCUGGUUUAACGUCGGUGGCUCUUCCCAGAAGAUGAGAUGGGAUGUGCAUAACAAGACCUUCUUUAGUCGAGUGUCUACUCUAGACAUUACCGGGCUUCAAAUGUCUUUAAAUGACAUGAAAACAUUACUAGAGAGCGUAAACUCCUCACUAACGUGUCUGAGGAUGAAUGCAAUGAAUCAUAACUUCGCAGCGCUCAUCAACAUUUCCUGUUCCAUCCCAACAUUGUCCAAACUGCAACUCCGCAAUUACAAACUCAGCUCUGUCAGUUCUGAUUUGAUUAAGUUGUGCAUCAAUGUAACUGAGUUAGAUUUAGCAAAGAAUCAAAUACAAAACAUCAGUGACAACACCUUCAGAUCUAUUCAGAGAUUAAGGAUCUUGGACCUGAGUCGCAACAAGCUUUCAUCUGUUCCAGCUGCCACGAGGAAUCUACCGAUUCUUCAAGAGCUGGAUCUGAGCUCUAAUCUCAUCAGCAAACUUGAAUGUGACGAUUUUGCCAAUCAGACGAUGCUUAGACAGCUCAACCUUUAUCAGAAUUCAAUCUCAGCUCUAAAAGGCUGUGUUUUCAAGGAUUUAAUACGAUUGCAAGUUUUGAAGUUGCAGAGCAACCAAAUGUCCGAGUUACAUGGUGCUUUCAACAAACACCUGCCAAAUCUACGCCAACUGCUGUUGAAUCAGAAUAAACUCACUGCCAUUAAACAUGGAGAAUUCAGGGGCUUACAGUCCCUCCAGAACUUGUCAUUACAUCACAAUCAAAUACAUCAACUUGAAAUGGGGUGUUUCAUUGGAUUGAUGAAUCUUACCGAUAUUCAGCUACAGGAGAAUCGUAUUAAAGAGGAUGAAAUAAACAAAGGUAGUUUCAAUGAUCUGAUAAAUUUAAGAAGAUUAGAGUUGAGGGACAAUAACAUUAGAUAUGGAAACAAUUCAACUUUGCCUAAUGCACCAUUUUCUCAGCUGUCCCGUCUGGACACAUUAGGUAUUGCUUUACAGCAUGGCAAGGGGAAGUCUUACUUGCCUCACAACUUCUUGCAAGGUCUCACAAAUCUGCGGGUUUUCAAUACGAGGAACAUUCAACUUUUAACCUUGCACAAAGACACGUUUAUUUACACACCUCAACUGCAAGAACUUGACAUUAGCACAAAUGAAUUUAGGGAUCUCUCUCCAGAGUUGUUUUCCCCAAUUCCAAACCUUAAAAGUCUUUACAUAUCUAAAACAAUUCUUGGGUCUCUGGAGUUUCUUGUAAAUGCCAGCCUUUCCAAACUGGAGUUCUUGCAGGCGAGAAAGAAUCAAUAUUCAGUUAUCAGUGAGGAAAUAAUAAAGUCCGUACCAGCUCUUGUUUAUGUGGAUCUUCAGGGGAACAGUUUCAGGUGUGACUGCGAUAAUGCCUGGUUCCUCCAAUGGAUAGAAAACAACAACCAAACACAAGUUUUUGAUGCCUAUAACUUUACCUGCAACUACCCUGUGCACCUUAAAGGCAAGGAACUGUUGGAACUUGACAUCAGCUCCUGCUCAGUAGACAUUGAAUUCAUCUACUUUAUCUCCACCACAUGUACUGUCCUACUGUUUAUGGUGGUGUCCUUCACCUACCAUUUCCUGAGGUGGCACCUGGCCUAUGCCUACUACCUCUUCUUGGCUUUGCUCUUUGACACAAAGCACAAAAACAAGCAAGCUCCUAAACAGUAUGACGCCUUCAUCUCCUACAACACUCAUGAUGAGCCCUGGGUCGUCCAAGAGCUGCUGCCCAAACUGGAGGGAGACCAGGGCUGGAGAUUGUGUCUGCACCAUCGAGACUUUGAGCCAGGUAAACCCAUCAUAGACAACAUCACAGAUGCCAUUUAUGGAAGCAGGAAGACCAUCUGUGUGAUCAGUCGCAGAUACCUUGAGAGUGAGUGGUGCUCCAGAGAGAUCCAGGUGGCCAGCUUCCGUCUGUUCGACGAGCAGAAGGACGUGCUGAUCAUGGUCUUUCUGGAGGACAUUCCCACCCAUGAGCUGUCUCCUUACUACCGCAUGAGGAAACUGCUGAAGAAGCGGACCUACCUGAGCUGGCCUCGAGCCGAAGAGCACACGGAGCUGUUCUGGGAGAAACUCCGCCAGGCUCUGAAGACCAGAGACGAUCCGGGUGAGGACAUCUUCCAGCUCACUGUGGUGGACGCACACUGGCAAUAAGGAAGUACAGAUGUUUACAGCUGUACAGCCAGUAUAGUUCGCUGGAGUCAUUUUGGACUUUUGUUCUUCUUCUUUUGUUUUUGGCUUGUUUUAGGGGCUGCCAUUACUUUUUAUUACCACAUGUUGAACAUUUUUGAAUACUUCUGCUAUUUAAAGCUAUUUAUUCAUCACCAAGCUUGAAAUAAACAGCAAUAACUGUAUCUGUAACUGCUGUCUUACCUUAAAACAGGCAUUUGUCCAUCAACUGUUUCUGUGCAAAACUAUCCACCACUUCAUUAAAACCCAGAGAUCUGAUGACAUUGCUCCAUGAUAAUAGCUAAUUAUGAAAGUUUUCCUCUUGACAUAUUAUUUUCCACCCCUUCCUUUUGAAGUUUGUGCAGUUAUGACACAACUGCACACGUUGAUCUCAGUUAUUUUGGUUUGUUUGAUAUUUGAUGAUAUUGCUCGGAAACCUCAUACUACUGCACACACACCAAUUUGGGAACUUAUGAGUAAAAAUAAACAUACAGUCUGUAUUAUUUUGUAACCAGGUGGAACUCAUUAAGACCCUAACCUCGCAGAAUUAAAACAAUAUACUUCCCACCAUGGAAAAAGUGUUCAUGAUUGUGAGCUUUAGAAGAACCAGUCUUUUUUUUGUGGGGCGCUCGUAUUGUUGUCAUUGUUCGCAGUCUUUACAAUUUACAGAGAAGUUCAUACCUGCCACAGUGACACUAUGAAACAAAACCACUCAAUCAUUUACUAAUUUAAGGAACUAUUAGAACAUAAAAUAGACCAGGAAGUGAAAAAGGGAUUAGAAAAAACAUGAACUUUCCCACACUGGAGGGGCCAUGCUAAGCUACAGAGGGAAAAUGGACAAUUAAUACAAUUAAUAAAUUACUAAUUAAAAAAUUUAAUGGCUUGUCUUAUUCUGUGAGCACAAAAGGAUGACAUAUUUCUACACAUGUACAAGAAUAUUACAUAUUUUUAUACGUUAUUAGAUAUUUUAUACAUCAAUAUGUGAAGUCAUACAUAGUGAUGAGAAUAACUAAACCACAGCUGAUUAAUAAGGACACUGUGAUUCGAAGAUCAAAAUCCAGAACCACACUAAAGUGGUCAG